UUGGAAACAAAUGCAAGUUUAGCACUUGUAAAAUGAAAUUGGCUCUGGCUCUAUUAGCUCUGACCGCAGUCACAUCCGCGAGGAACAUCAACCUCGAAGAUGUCAUCGAUCUCGAGGACAUCACUGCAUACAAUUACUUGACUAAAAUCGGUCAGCCGUUAUUGGAAAGGAUACGUAAAGCUGAGGAGGAAGAAGAUGUUCAGUCCAGAAUCGUCGGUGGUUCGUCAGCAUCCCUAGGACAGUUCCCUUACCAGGCUGGAAUUCUCAUUGCCUUACCAUUCGGUCAGGCUGUGUGCGGUGGUUCUUUGCUCAACAACAGGCGUGUGCUUACCGCUGCCCAUUGCUGGUUUGAUGGUAACAAUCAAGCGAGACAAUUCAUCGUUGUACUUGGAUCUGUUCGUCUGUUUUCUGGUGGCAACAGGCUGACUACAAGUAACGUAGUCAUGCACGGAAGCUGGAACCCCAGAAUUGUUCGCAACGACAUUGCCAUUAUCAACUUGCCGAUGAAUGUAAUCAUUAACAAUAACAUCCGUCCUAUUGCUCUGCCUUCUGGUUCUCAGCUCAAUGAGAACUUUGCCGGAACCAAUGCCGUUGCGUCUGGAUUUGGUCUAACCAGAGACGGUGGUAGCAUUACCAACGGCCAGUUCCUGAGCCACGUCACAGUUCCAGUGAUCACCAACAGCGUGUGCCACAAUUCCUUCUCUUCAGUUCUUCACUCUACCAAUAUUUGCACCAGCGGUGCCAACGGUAGAAACACUUGUACCGGUGACUCCGGUGGUCCUCUCGCUAUUACCAGAAACAAUAGUCCGCUUUUGAUUGGUGUGUCGUCCUUCGGAUCUGACCGUGGUUGUCAGAUAGGUGCCCCUGCCGUCUUUGCUAGAGUCACCUCGUUUGUCUCCUGGAUCAACAGCCGCCUUUGAACUGUUCAAAAAUAUCUGUGUAAUAAAAAACUAUUUUGAUACAUGA